AUGGUGGUGCAGAAGCAGAGGAGGGCGCCGGCCGAGGUGUUCUGGCCCAAGAUUGUGCUCAAGAAGUGGCUCAACCUCAAGAGCAAGGACCUGGACUUCGGCGCCGACGACGAUGAGGACGAGGACGACGACGACGGCAGCGACGUUGACGGCCAAGAGAACUGCGGCUGUGACGACGGCGGCGCUCGCCGGCCGGCCGAGGACGGAGUCCAGAUCACCGACGAGAGCCUGGAGAGCGCGCCGUACAAGCUGCGGCGGCGGAACUCGGAGACGCUGCGUGCGCAGUACAUCAACACCAAAGAGCUGAGGGUCUGCGUCGGCACCUGGAACGCCGGCGGCAAGGCACCGCCGGACGACCUCGACAUCGCCGAGUGGCUCGGCACCGGCGGCGACGCCGAACCAACCGACAUCUACGUGCUCGGGUUCCAGGAAGUGGUGCCGCUGAACGCCGGCAACGUGUUCGGCGCGGAGGACGGGCGGCCGGCGCAGGCGUGGGAGUCCGUGAUCCGCGGCGCGCUACGGCGGGCGCAGCCGUCGAAGCCCAAGUACAGGUGCUACAGCCACCCUCCCUCUCCGUCGCGGUUCGACCCGCCGGUCGACGCCGCGGCGGCCGCCGACGAGCUCCUCCCCGGCGUCACGGACACCGAGACCGACACCGACGAGGACGUGCCCUUCAGCUUCCCCGUGCUGGCCGAGGAGUACGUCACGGCCACACCGAAGAAGAUGAGCAGGCUCAACCACUUCAGCGUCGUCGUGGAUGAGAAUGAGAAUGGCUCAUCGCAGCUCAACGGCGACGAACUGGACGACGGGCCUGAUCAGCCGCCGCAGCAGCAGCUAGGCCUUCAGCAACGGGCGCUCCUGAGGUCGCUGAGCAGGGCGGACAGGGUGGGGCUGGUCUGGCCGGAGCAGCCGCUGGACCUGCUCCCCCCGCGCGCCCUGAACGCCGCGUUGUCGUUCAAGGCGUCCAAGUCGUUCAAAUCGUUCAGGGGAUCGUCCCGCGUGGCCGACGCGGCGGCGGCGGACGACCUGCCCAUGAUCCCGGACCUCGACCUCGACGGCGCGCUGCGGAAGAAGAGCCGUUCGCCGUUCGUGCGGAUCGUGAGCAAGCAGAUGGUGGGGAUCUUCCUGACGGUGUGGGUGCGGCGGGGCCUCCGGAAGUGCGUCCAGAACCUCAAGGUCUCCACCGUCGGCGUCGGCGCCAUGGGCUACAUCGGCAACAAAGGGGCCGUGUCGGUGAGCAUGUCCGUCUACCAGACCAUGUUCUGCUUCGUGUGCAGCCACCUCUCCGCCGGCGAGAAGCCCGGCGACGUCCACAAGCGCAACGCCGACGUACACGAGAUCCACCGCCGCACGCGCUUCGCCGCCCCCGGCGACCUGCAGCUGCCCAGAGACAUCCACGACCAUGACCGGAUCUUCUGGCUUGGCGAUCUGAACUACCGGCUGGACGCGUCGUACGAGCGAGCGCACGAGCUGAUCUCGGCGGGACGCUGGCGCGAGCUGGCGGAGACGGACCAGCUGAAGCGGGAGCUGAGGAAGGGGCGGGCGUUCGACGGGUGGACGGAGGGCGUCCUGGAGUUCGCGCCGACCUACAAGUACGAGCUGAGCUCGAGGAGGUACGUCGGCGUCGGGGACGACCAGAGCCAGAGCCACAGGAGCGGCGGUGGGCGGCGGACCCCGGCGUGGUGCGACCGGGUGCUGUCGUACGGCAAGGGGCUGAGGCUGCUGGGCUACCGGCGGUCGGAGCUGGCGCUGUCGGACCACCGCCCGGUGACGGCCAUGUACGCGGCGGAGGUGGAGGUGUUCUCCAGCCGGAAGCUGCAGAGAGCGCUCACGCUCACGGACGCCGAGGUGGAGGCGGGGCAGGUCGUGCCGGACCUCAAUUUUUGA